CCUCAUUCCAAAUCCCUCACAAGGACCACAAACGGCUAGUGGGGCUCGGGCGCGUGAUCCGGGGCCGCGACAUAAUUAAGGCGGGAUCGGCACGCAUGGUUCGGCUGUUGCACAAACUUUCGACAUUCUUGCCCCAAGACGCUUGUCGUCGACAUAUUUUGAUACAUGGAUGUAAGAUAUUCAGGGCCCGAGAGCUGUACUCGCGGACUGAAGAAAGUCAAGAUGUCCAUGGACUCGCGAGGUCGCUUCUCGCUCCGGCCGAGUUUUCCCUGCCGCCUAUUUUUCUACAAUAGGGAAUAGCAAUUAAUAAUACGUGGCGCUCGCGGUUUGUGCCAGUAUGGUACUUUUUGUCGACACAGGCUUGGAUCCCGAUGACGUGCGGCGUCGCAAGCGGCUGCAUAUAAAGGUCAACGAGCUGCGCACGAGGCUGGACAACGGGGAAGAGAUCUCCUCUGAGCGAGUGCGCUUUACUCGCAAUCGAGCUGUGCACUGGGCGGCCUGGUGCCGGAAAGCCUUUUUGCAGAUGCCGGGAUAUGAGGGCACUGUGGACGACGUGUGCGCAGCACUGCUAGCGGACCCCCGCAUCGCGCCGCUUCUCGACCACAGGGUUUACGCUUCUCGGCGAAGGACGCCCUGCUGGGUGAAGAGGGUUCUGAGCACAUUAACUCAGAUUCCGGGGCUGGUCAAGACGGGUGAAAAACAGGGCAAGCUCAUUGUCUACCGCUACGAUUCAGAGGCGGCAGAGCUGCUGGCGGCGGCUGCCAAGGCACGGCGGCGGCAGCGGGCGGCGUCCAUGCCGCACCUGGGGCUGCAGCAGUAGCGGGCAGCAGCGGCAGUAGCACUGGCAGUGGCACGGCGGGUACAAGGGACAGGGAUGGGUGGGUGCUGUUCAGGGCCUGCUGGAGAAAGCAGCAGGGCCAGGGACUCUUGCGGAGUUGUGGACUCCGAGCUCAGUGCGGGUGCGGUGCAGUGCGGUGCGGGAUGUGCCGUACGCUGUGCGGUGUGGUGUGACGUGUGGAGAGGCGGGUGGGCGUGUGUGGUGUGUCACGGGCGGCAAUAGGCUGAGGCCUGCCAGUGUCAGCAUCCGCAUGUUCGUGUGAGGUGUCGUGAUGCGUCGUGUCGUGUUGUCGGAUCCGUACCUAGCACAAGGCUGCAACUAGCGGCUGAAAGGCGGUGAAACAACAGCGACUGUUGCGCAGCAAGGAGUUGGCGGCGAGCGAGGGUGCGCAGCGGAUGGCUGCAGGCGUCCUACGACCUUGUGGGCAGCGCAACUGUACAAGGACGCAUGAUGUAGCUAGCACGUAAGGGCAGCAGUGAUACCAGUAAUGUGCUGGCGUGUUGCAGACAACAACAUAUGCAAAGCGGCAAGCGCGGGUGCAUGAUGUGGGUACGUGCUCUACUCGGACAGUGCCCGUGUAAGGCGUAAGACUUGCAUGGUCACGGGGCGGAAGCUGCGAAGACAUUUGAGGAGACCUGAAGCCUGGCUGCCGUACGGUGCUA